UAGAGAUUAAACCAGAAGAAAAUGAUGUGGUGACCAUUUCUGAGCCCAGCUAUUCCAUAUGGAAUGCAGUGUCCCAUGCCCUCCAUAAAACGCUGUUGAACAAAAUUGAAAUGGGAUCUAAAGCAUACAGAAACAUGGACCGGCUUCUUCCAUGCCAGGAUGCAUUGACUUAUGAUGACGUGCAUGUGAACUUCACUCGGGAAGAGUGGGCUUUGCUGGAUCCUUCCCAGAAGAGUCUCUACAAAGAUGUGAUGCUAGAGACAUACUGGAACCUGUUUGCUAUAGGCUACAGUUGGGAAGGUCAUAAUAUGGAAGAGUAUUGUCAACCUUAUAGAAGACAUGCAAGGUAUGAAAACAGUCAUAGUGGAGACAAACACCCUGAAGAUACUCAAUAUGACGAAGUCUUUGCACAUCACAGUCUUGUUCUAAGACGUAAAAGGACACAUAUAGGAGAGAAAACUCAUGAAUGUAACCAACGUGGUAAAGCCUUUGCAUGUAACAGUAGUCUCAAAGUACAUAAAGGAAUUCACACUGGAGAGAAAACAUAUGAAUGUAACGAAUGUGGAAAAGCGUUUGCAUCUAACAGUGAUUUCCGAAGACAUAAAAGAACACACACUGGAGAGAAACCUUAUGAAUGUAAUCAGUGUGGUAAAACCUUUGCAUGUAACAGUAAUCUCCUAAUACAUAAAAGAAGUCACACUGGAGAGAAACCUUAUGAAUGUAAUCAGUGUGGUAAAGCUUUUGCAUGUAACAGUAAUCUCCUAAUACAUAAAAGAAGUCACACUGGAGAGAAACCUUAUGAAUGUAAUCAGUGUGGUAAAGCCUUUGCAUGUAACAGUGAUCUCCUAAUACAUAAAAGAACUCACACUGGAGAGAAACCUUAUGAAUGUAACCAAUGCGGUAAAGCCUUUGCACAGAGAAGUACUCUUCUAAUACAUAAAAGAACUCACACUGGAGAGAAACCUUAUGAAUGUAACCAUUGUGGUAAAUCCUUUGCAUGUAACAGUAGUCUCCAAAUACAUAAAAGAACUCACACUGGAGAGAAACCUUAUGAGUGUAACCAAUGUGGUAAAGCUUUUGCACGUAACAGCAUUCUCCAAAUACAUAAAAGAACUCACACUGGAGAGAAACCUUAUGAAUGUAAUCAGUGUGGUAAAGCCUUUUCAUGUAACAGUACUCUCCUGCUACAUAAAAGAACUCACAGUGGAGAGAAACCUUAUGAAUGUAACCAUUGUGGUAAAGCAUUUACACAUAAGGGUAAUCUCCUAAAACAUAAGAGAAUGCACACUGGAGAGAAACCUUAUGAAUGCAACCAGUGUGGUAAAGCCUUUGCACAGAAUAGUCAUCUGGUAGCACAUGAAAGAACUCACACUGGAGAGAAAUCUUUUGAAUGUACCCAAUGUGAUAAAGUCUAUGCAUUUCCCGAAUCGUCUCUAAAGACAAAAUGAACACAUCCUGGAGAACAACCUUAUGAAUAUAAGCAGUGUGGAAUCACCUUUGUACAACACAGUCAUUUCCUAAUACAUAAAAAUCCAUGUUGCAGAAAAUCCUUAUGAAUAUUGUCAAUGUCCUAAAGUCUUUUCAUGUAAGAGUCAUCUUGAACAAGAACACUUUCUGGAGUGAAACCCUAUGAAUGUAACCAAUGUGUUAAAACCUUUGUAUGCCAUAAUAAUCUGCAUGCACAUAGAAGAAUGCACACUGGAAAUUGUAUGAAUGUAACCAAUGUGAUAAAGUAUUUUGACAGGAUAGUAAUUUCCUAUAACAUGAAGACAUACUGGAGAGAAACCUUAUGAAUGUAACCAAUGUGGAAAAUUUGCUCCUCACAAUCAUCCUCAAAGUCAUGGAAGCAUUCAUAUUGAACAGAAAGACUAUGAAUGUAUUUAAGGUGGUUAAGCUGUUCCACAUUUGUAUAACCAUCAUCAUGAAAGAAUUAGAACUGGAGAGAAACUUUAUAAAUGUUUCAAAAUGUGAGCCCUUUGCAUAUGUCUAUCGUCUUCAUCAUAAAAGUUUCAUACUGGACAGAAAUUCUGAGUACAUAAGCAACAUGGUAAGGCCUUUGUGUUUUUCGGUCCACAGAAUCCAAUACAACUCAAACACAUGUUCAAGGCAAAUGACAAAAAUGUAUUUUCACCCAGUCACUACUGGUUGGUUAGUGGUACAUAACAUUCUUGGGAACUGAACUGUGAUACCUAUCCACCCACUAAGCCAGAAAGUUACAGAGGUUCUGAGUUGAAAAUCAUAAACAUCUCUGCCAUUUUACAACUAAGUUAUUUCCAUCAGUCAUGGUUAAGGAUAUGGGAUUUGUUUAUGGCAUUGAGGAAUUCACCUGAUGCAAAAGUGUAGAUUUUACAGUCCAAACAGUCAUAUCCAUUUGUUCUUUUGUGGUUAGGAAAAGGUAUUAUGUUUUAGGGAAGAGAAAAUGUGGUUUGGGACAGUCACUAUGUUUGGCAAAGUGAAUAUAUGGUAUGGAACAGUCGUGUUUUGGGAAACAAAAGAUGAAUGAUGAAAGCUUGUCAGCUAUUGGGAAGUCUGCAGCUUUCCUAGGAAUGAUGAACUUAAAUUUGGGUUCACCCUAUAUUUCAUUGGGAAUUGUUAUCUAAAAAGCAAUACAUAUAGAAAAUUUUUUUAGCAUAUUCACACCUACAAAUUACUUUUUCAUGUUUUGCAUGUCAAAGUCAACUUCAAGUCUAUAAAAGAGUAGAUAGUAGCGAGAAACCUUGCACAUGUAAUCAAUGUGAUAAAGUCUUUUCUUAAUGCAGUUAUUUCCACGUACUUAGAAGAACACAUACCUCAGUGAGACCCUGUGAAUAUGCAAUGUGGUAAAUCCUUUUCAUGGAUUUGUCUUUGAAAUCAUGAGGAAAAAGUCAUGCUGCAAAGAAACCCCAUGAAUGUAGUCAGUACAGUAACCUUUUGUACUUCGUAUUACCAUUAUAGAAGAGUAAAGGCUUUAGUGUGUGAGCAAGCUCUUAAAGCCUUUGCAUAUCACAGGAGUCAUUGAGAACCUGAAAGAAUUCAUUCUCAAGAAAACCUAACAGGAUAAAAGAUUUGUUGAGGUCUUUGACAAGUCAACUUGCAUUCAGUUACAGGAGAUUUGGGAGGAAAAUUGUAACAAGUGUCAACAAUGUAUUCAUGCAUUAUGAUAUCCAUCUUCAUUUUGUUUCCAAUUAAAAACUGAUAUGGACAAAAGACCUAGGAAUUUAAACCACUAGGUAAACCUUUUAGAUUUUAAAAUUCUCUUCAGUUACCUGAAGUAAAUCGUCCAGUUAUAAAUUUUACAUGUAUGUAUUAUUGCCCUUUCUGUGACAAAACACAAUGUCAAAGGCAACCUCCAAAUGUCUUUAAUUUGCCUUAAGGUUCCAGAGGGAUAUGGGAUCACUAUGAAAUGGGCAUCACAAGUAUCAUAUAUGGCAGAUAAAGUAGGAAGCUUGGAGUUCACAUCCUCAACCUGCAGCAUGAAGCAGAGUGUGAACUACAGAUGAAUACAGUUGAAUACUAUCAUGCCCUUCCCAAGUAAGAUACAGCCUCCAAGAGUGCUGUAUUUCCUAAACAUUCACAAAUGAUACCACCAACUUAAAAGGAUUCAUUUCUCUCACUUCACCCUACACAUUUGAUUUCACUUACAUGAAGGAAUUUUUGAUGAAGAAAAAUUCUGUGGAUAAGACUGUAGUUGCCUCAACCCUUGAGUUACAGGAAUGCAUGCUUACACAAGUAAAACAUUCUUGAGUAAACAUAUAUUUGGUUAAGAAUUUAUUUUAAUUUCCAUCAUUAUCUCAGUGUGUCUUUGUGUGUUUAUAUGCCUGUCCAUUCUGGUUUCCAUUUGAUCUUCUUGUAACAGGAAUUACAGAAAGUUGUCAAAAACCUGACCUAGGUCCUGGGAAUGAACUUGUCUUAACUUCACAGCCAUGUCUCUAGUACUGUAACUAUGUUAAAUCUUUAUAUAUCAUCUUGAUGUCAAGAAGUAGAAAAGAAUUCCUAGAAGAGAGCAAACCUAUUUUUAUAUAAGAUGUGAUGACUUUGGACAUAAUAAAUAUAUUCUCUUUCAAGAAAAGAAACUCCUUUAAAUGUUUUUCUCAUAGUCUUGGAGGAAGUAAAUGAUUUACAAUAUUCACUUAAAUGUAAUGGAGGAGAUCACCAGCUGUGGUUGUGGUCAUUAUUUUGAAACACUGGAGUAGAUAUUGAAGUAUGCUGUAUGUGCAGCAAAUCUAUUCACAGAAGUUUAUUAGGUUGUUCUGAUAUUCUUUCUGUGGUGGCUUUCAUGUUCUAAUGCAUUUCCACUUGGUGAAAGUUAUUUUUCUGCUGCAAUGUAUAGAAUGGGAUCUCCAUCAUCUAUGUGGCCCAUUGCUUAUUUAUAUCAGGCAGUCUGUGAUCAUAGUUUUCAAGGAAGGGUCUCUGAGAAAGUGUGGUACUUUUUCUAUGUUACAAAUUCCAUUAAGACGUUUGUUUUCAGUCUUGCUUGGUUGUCAGUAAUUAGUAUUAAGAUGCUCAAUAGUAAGUGUUUAUAUAUGUAUAUAUUGUUUGAAGUUCCAUGCUUCUUCGUGUUCACAUAUUUACUAUAUGUCACAUCAUCUUGGAGAACUGACUUCUAAGAGAAUUAUCUUGAGGAGUUAGAUAAUGUAAAAGCAAUGAGAUGUAUUUCAAAAAAGCAUGUUGUGUGUGUGUAAUGUAAAUAUGGGAUCUUAGGCCAUGGCAGAUAUAUGAAGGGUGUGUGACACUUUGUGGGUUUUGUCAUUGUUAUAUGAUGUUCAAGGUUAUGUUGCCAGUUUUACAUACCACAGUCAUUCCCCCACCGAGUUCAUUGAUACUCAAAUAAACUUAGUUGAAACAGUACAUCAGUAUAAUAUUGUCUUCU